AUGGCGGUGUUAUCACAGAGGAAAGAAAUGGAUCGGAUCAAGGGCCCGUGGAGCCCGGAAGAGGAUGAGCUGUUGCAGAGGUUGGUGGAGAAGCAUGGACCUAGAAACUGGUCUUUGAUUAGCAAAUCGAUUGCGGGACGGUCUGGGAAAUCGUGCAGGUUGCGGUGGUGCAACCAGCUUUCCCCUGAAGUGCAGCAUCGGGCUUUCACAGCUGAAGAAGAUGAGACAAUCAUUCGGGCUCACUCGAAAUUUGGCAACAAAUGGGCAACAAUAUCUCGAUUAUUGUCUGGCCGGACGGAUAACGCCAUCAAGAAUCACUGGAACUCGACUCUGAAGCGCAAGUGCUUUUCCAUGUCCGAGGAGUUCAAUAACUUCGAGCCUGAAACUCUGCAGCCGUUGAAGAGAUCUUCAAGUGUCGGGCCGAGUACAAAACUUUGUAGCUCCGGUCUUUAUUUAGAUCCUAGCAGUCCAUCCGGAUCUGAUUUGAGUGAUUCAAGCCUUUCAGGUCAUCAAAUUUACCGACCUAUUGCAAGAACCGGCGGGAUCUCUCCUCCUCAUUCUACGCCUUCUCAACCAGACCUCCUUACAUCACUUAGCCUUUCGUUACCCGGGUCUAGUUCCAAUUCAAAAACCGUUUUAGAAUCGAGCCCGAAAUCUGCGUCCCAACAAAUGAAACCUAUAUCAGACCCUACCCUCAAACCUUUACAUGAACCUGCUCUUAAAUCAGGGUAUCAUACCCAGAUAGCCCAGUGCCCGACACCACUACCACCACCACUUCCUCCCCCCGUUCAAUUAACUUUUCCGCCGCCGGCGUCAGUUUUGCUGCAGACUCAGCAGUUCGCUGCAGCAGCGAAACCAACACCAUCGCCAUCACAAGCUGUUGCGGAUAAACAGUUUUUUAGCCAGGAGUUUUUGGCAACUUUGCAGGAGAUGAUAAGAAAGGAGGUGCGGAAUUACAUGGAAGGGAUCGAGCCCAAUGGGGUUUACAUGCAGACCGAUGCGAUCAGGAAUGCAGUGGUGAAGCGAAUUGGGAUAAGCAAGAUUGACUAA